AAGAUAUAACUUGAAAAUGGAAAAGAGUAGUGUAGUCUCUCUUAGAUUAGGAUGUGGAGUCAUAAUCUUGGACGCUGAGGAGUCAUGGCGUGUCCAACCACUGAGAUUUGGGGGGGAGGGUUUUAGUUUUGAGAGAGAGAUAGCGUAGCGAAAGGGAAGACAAAUGAAGAAGAAUGGUGUGGACCUGGAGGAAGAGGGUGAUGCCGGAGGGUCAUCGGUGGAGGUUGUUUCUGGGGAUCACGUAACCCUCACCACCAUCCUUGUUUCCAAUGGCGACUCCCUCGUUCAGGUUGUUGUUUCUGAUGGGGACCAACUCUCUCCCAAGAAGCCUCACCUUUCUAGGACUCCCAGUUCUCACGACCAAUGCAGAGUUUGCCAGCAGGAGAAGGAAGAAGAUUUGAUAGAUCUUGGAUGCCAAUGUAGAGGUGGGCUUGCAAAAUCUCACCGAACAUGUAUAGACACUUGGUUUCAUACAAAAGGUUCAAACAAAUGCGAGAUAUGCCAACAGGUAGCCUCAAAUGUGUCUCCUCCGGAAUCCCAACCGAGUGCAAAUUACUGGGUUUGGAGGGUUGACCCAAACUUUAGAGGGUCAAAUAUUGCGCAGGAACAAGCAAGGGGUUGUUUUAAACCACUUUGGGUGGCUUUGUCAAUCCUCAUUGGCGGUCUUCUGUUGGAUGUGCUGAUAUCAAUUGUUCUUGGUGUCUCUGCAUUGCCUGUGAACAUCAUCAUUGGUGUUAUUGUCGUCCUUGGACUUGGAACUGCAAUACGGCUUGCCCUGGAAUUUUGCCAUGAGUGGAGUUUAAGAAGAGUAUCACAGAGAGUAGAUACAAAUGUGACUCUUGGUUACUAUCCUACUUUGUAGAUCAUACACCUGAUGCAUUGGAAAAGAUCAUUCUCCAUUAAACAGAUUUGAUUUAUUCAGUUGAGUGUGCCAUGAAAUUUUCUUUGGAAAUCCAUCUGAUGUUGUCAAGUCCUCUUUAUUCUAGAUUUUAAUAUGAUUAUACGCAUUCAUGCUGCUUCGAUUUGCAUUACCAGAAACAAGUAGUCAUUCUCGUGGAUGUACGUGUUUUGAGUGGAUGCAUAUUUGUUUGUAUUCUUCGUA